ACAACACGCACACACCACACACGGUACAAAAGAAAAAAAUCAAGUCGAAGAUGAGCAACAGCAUAAUGCUGUCAUCACUCCCCAUCUGUGCUGCCUUCCGGUCCAAAAGCAACUCCAAGUACCUGAGGUCCUGUGCCAACCAUGGCGAGGGGGCCGACGGCCGUGUCCUUCAGCUGACCGGUGACGAUGCUGAGAACCCGCUCACGAGGUUCUUCGUCGAGAAAUCGUGCAAGCACAAUGGGCUCUUUCAUAUCAGGUGCGGCUACAACAAGUACUGGGUCGCUGAGAAGCGGCAAGGUGAUGAAUGGUGGAUCGCUGGCAGUGCCGACAAGCCCGAGGAGGACCUGUCCGAGUUGUCAUGCACACUGUUCCAGCUCAAACCUGUCAAGGAAGAUCCUAAGACCAUCAGGUUUUACCAUGCUCGGCUUGGGAAAUAUUUUGGCAUUCUCUCCAAUUCUAAUGGGGAAAACGAGACCGACAAAGCCCUUCUGCAGGCAGUUGAUGAAGAGCAAUCAGAACAAUUUGUGACUGAGUUGUUCCAAUACUUGUUGCCUAAAUACGUAUGUUUCAAGGGAGAUAAUGGCAAGUACCUCAGUGCACAAUCGCUACACAACCCAGUUCUGGUCUUUGAAUCCGAGAAUAUCAAAGAUCCAACUGUGAUGCACACUAUCACGCCAAAUAGAGAUGGCACCAUGAGGAUAAAAUCUGAUCAUUUCGACGGUUUCUGGAGGAACUCUGAUAGCACCAACUUAGGGCCCUGGAUACUUGCAGACUCUAGUGAUACCAACAACGAUGACCCAAACACAUUAUUCCAAGCGUGGUAUACUGGCGGAGCAUUUAGGCUUCUCAACCUGGGAAGCAAUCAGUAUUGCAAGAGGCUCACAAUGUCAAACUUGGAGCACGGCCUUUCUGCUACAGGAACCCGGCUUGAGCCCUGGUCUAGGUUGCAGAUUGAAGAGCCAGUGCUCUCCCGGAAGAUUACUGCCUUCCUAAGGUCAGAGAACGCCGUAAUCUUUGGCGAGAAACUCCUAAAUCUUGCUACUGCAUCAGUCACCAACAAUACCUCAUCGGUCAUGCCCCGCGUGAAGCUCACCUUGGAUUACACUUUGAUGGAGAUGAAGGCAUGGCAAUCCAAGCUGCACUUCAAGUCUCCAGUUCCAACCCUGAUCAUCUCUGAAAACGUGUACAUGCAGUAUGGUUUCAUUGCAGUGUCACCGAUGUUCUUUAAUGGGCCCAUUAGCUGGGGAGCAAGCAAUGUGAAGAGCUUCAAGGUGACUGAAGAGCGCUUCAUUGAUGUUCCACCAAUGACCAAGAUGACAAUAACCUGCAUGGGAGUAACGAGCAACUAUGAAUUGCCCUUCUCAUACCGGCAGACCGACGAACUAGUAGAUGGAGAGACGGUCACCCUUCAGUAUGAUGACGGCCUCUACACCGGUCGGAAUGUCCACAGCUUCAUCUACGAUACCAAAGAAGAAAAAAUUGAUCAGUAAUGCGAAUUUGCAAUUCGAGCUAUCUAUAAAUCUACGUAUGUAUCUAAUCAAUAAGAGCCUGCACCAUGGGUAGACGUAAGAUGAAUAAGGCUUAGUUGCCAAAGUGUCAGAAUUCUAUAUGUAUAGCGCAUAUUUUGUUUCUUUCUUUUUUUAUCUCCAUUUUUAAACCUAUUCGAUCAGUGGACAGAGUUGUCCGAAUCGUUUUAUGAAUUCUUACUGGUAAAAAUUGAAAUAAGCAAUCUGUGUAUUAGCUUGCCGAAUGAACCUUUUGUAGGGUUCUUUGGUUUAGACGUAGUAGUUUUUUGUUCCUAAUUGUGUAAAACACUCAGUUUUUUGCA